AUGGAUACACUAUACACAGCACGGCUUCAUGGGUUUCCACCAAACAUAUCACAUUCAUCGAUAGAGACAAACAUUAGUGAAGAAAGUGUUCUAUCCCUUCUUAUAGUGUUAGGAAGCAGUGUCUCUUUGGUAGCGUUAGUUUUUGCCUUCAUCACUUACAGCUUACGCACUCCAAUCGCUCGCUUAGCUCCACUAGCUCAUCCACCAGCUUACUUUAAAGCAGCUCCUGUAGCUCCAUCUGUAGAUUAUGCGGCUUAUCCAAAGUACGAAUUCAAAUAUGGAGUGGCCGAUGGACAUACUGGUGACCAAAAAACCCAGAGUGAAGUCAGGGAUGGCGAUGUGGUUAAAGGACAGUACUCACUGGUGGAAGCCGAUGGUACUGUUCGAACUGUGACGUAUACAGCUGAUGACCAUACUGGAUUCAACGCUGUGGUAACCAGAAGUGGACAUGCUGCCCAUCCAAGUGCCCCAGUAGCUGUAGCUCCUAAAAUCAUUGCAGCCCCUAAAGUAUAUGCAGCUCCUGCUCCUUAUACUCCAUACGCCCCAUAUGUACCCCCAUAUGGCCAUGGGCUGGACUUGGGAUACUAUAAAGGUUAAAAUAACGACUGAUUUUUCCUUUAGCUCGAUUUGUAUUACUUAGGACCUCAGCAAACAUUUUUAAAUAUAUAAUUUAUUUUAAUUUUAACGUAGUGUAGAAUGGUUUUAGAUUUUUUAUAUUUGUUAUUUGAAUAUAUUACUAGCUUGUUCAUCAAAAAUAUAUAAAAAACAUAUUAUAAUGUAGUUAUUUAUUUUUUAUAUGUGUGUUAAUAAAAUAAUUGUUAGAAUAAUCUAUAUAAUGUUAAGUUUU